CUUCAGAAAAAAACUUUUGCUUCUCCCAAGAAUCUGAAUCUGCUUCACUUUUGUUCAACCAUGAUGAACAUAGACGAUACGACAUCUCCAAUGGCCCACCCGAUCGUUCCAUCUCAACCUCCUUCCGACCAAACCCAACAAGAUCCAAGUUCGCCCAAUGAAGCUUCUUCUGUUACCGACAAGAAAGAUGAUCAAGCUUUUCCCGAAGAGACACCGAAGCAGAAUCAAGAAGAAGAGAGAGUGGACACAGGGAGAGAGAAGCUAAAGAAGCACCGGAGAGACGUCGCCGGAAGAGUUUGGAUACCUGACAUAUGGGGACAAGAAGAGCUUCUGAAGGACUGGAUCGACUGUUCAACGUUUGAUACGUGUCUAGUCCCUGCCGGAAUCUCGUCGGCACGUGCAGCUCUCGUAGACGAAGCUAGGCGAGCUGCUUCGGCUUCUGGUGGGUUACAUAGUCGUUGCUUGAUCUCACGCUGAAUUUUUAUAUAAUAUCAUAUAUAAAUGUGGUUCUUGUUCCUCAAUAAUAUAUGUAAGACACUAUUGAUAUAUUGUUGAUAUAGAGUCUUUUUCAUUUUACCAAUAAUUAUAUACAACAUAGCCAAUAUUGCUUUUA